AUGCAGAUUUCCGAUUCGACGAGAAAUUAUAGUCAAACCGAUAAUCGAAUGACACAAAAUGUCCGCUCAGCAGCAGGAGUGGAAGCUUUAUCUGACAAUCAGGACCACAAUAGAUCACUUGUAGAAGUUGAGGCUGAGAAUGGAGCUCAGAUAGCAACUUCGAAACAAGUUAAGGAGGGUACUUCAAAUUCAAAUAAUGUUGUUAAUGAACAAUCUGCACCAAAUAAACAGACCAGAAAGUCUAAAAAAAAAGAAAAGAAUAAAUUCAAUAAGACCAUCGACUUACCCUUGGGGAAACCGAAGGGGAAGUACAUAUUUUCUUCAAGUUCUGAGUGCCCGAAUUCGCAGAACAUUAGAAAUCCCUCUUAUUCCGGGCCUCGUCAAGCUUCAGUAGAGGUGCGAAUGGGAGAACAGCAGAUCAUUCGAAAUCCGCCCUCUUUUAGCACUCGUUCUCCAACAGGUCAUCCUCGAAGUCGGCAUUAUAGAAGAAAUUUAGAACGACCCAACUAUCAAGGAACUAGUAAUCAAGUUCCACAGUGUGUAGCUGUACCGAAUGUUGAUCUGCCAGCAGCAGGGAACUCAAUCGUAUCAAAUCGAGUGGUUCAUACGGCAACGCACCCAACUAGAAAUCAGAAGAGCAGUUCCUCACACUCGAGAGCCACUUUUAGAUUUUUCAAUAAUCCUGAUAUGAAGCCAAUAACAGCAGAUGAGCUGGUCAAACGGAUGAAUGAGUAUCAUGGAACAAUGCAAGCGACAGAGGCCUUCCGAAAAGAAGAGAUUGUCAAAAGAGCUAUCAACUCUGCUAACUUGCGUCAUCUUUAUUCUCGCCUUGAAAUCAUAAAUCGAGAUAGUAGAGAUAGAUUAAUUGUUAUUGGAGAGGAGGUAUAUUUAUUCGUUAAGAGAACUCUUGUGAAAUAUUUAAAUCGAAGAGAUUUUAUCGACCGUUAUUUGUAG